GUAGAAGGUGGUAGGGGGCGCUGUGUCUGUUUCAACUUUUUUAGACGAAGAAAAAUUGGAGGCGCAAAACAAGGAAAAUGGCUUCCCCUAAAACGCUUCCCAAAGAUGCACAGGUGAUGAUACAAAUACUCAAAGAUAUGGGAAUAACAGAGUACGAGCCCAGAGUCAUCAACCAAAUGUUGGAGUUUACAUACAGAUAUGUAACCACCAUUAUUGAGGAUGCUAAAAUCUAUGCUACGCACGCCAAGAAAUCUACCGUAGACGCAGAGGACAUUAAGCUGGCCAUCCAGUGUCGCAUGGACCAGUCGUUCACCUCGCCGCCGCCCAGAGACUUUCUUCUUGAGGUUGCCAGGCAGAAGAAUGGGACGCCUCUUCCUCUGAUCAAGCCGUACACCGGCCCCCGGCUGCCCCCCGACCGCUACUGCCUCACCGCCCCCAACUACAGACUCAAGUCCAUCCAGAAAAAGGUUUCAUCGUCGGGGGGAAGGAUAACAGUACCGCGCCUCAGUGUUGGAUCGGUGUCCAGCAGGCCCAGCACACCAACCCUGGGCACCCCCUCUGUCACCCCCAAGGUCGCGACCCCUUUGUCCUUGUCUGGCCAGCGCUUCACUGUUCAGAUCCCCAAUUCUCAGACUGCCGUGUCCAAAACAGGUACCACCAAGCCUAGUCAGUUUGUGUUCUCAACCCGCAAUCAAGUUACGCCUUCCACUCCCACGGUGCAGAACGUCCUGAUCAACCCGUCUCUGAUUGGCUCAAAGAACAUCCUCAUCACCACCAAGAUGGUGUCGCAGAGCUCCGCCGGCGAGUCGCUGAAGAGGAAGCACGAGGACGACGACGACUACGACAACCUAUGACCUUGAGGUCACGCGGCCGGGUCGUUUCCACAGGAGUUUGUUUUAGUUUUUUUCCAUCCUUUAAGUCAAACCUCGAUGUGACGUGGUGGCAUUCAAGGACGUUGUUAUCCUGUUCUAUAUAAGAAUUAAAAAGAGUCAGCUGCUGGACGAUGAUUACUUCAUAAUAUGCGUGUGUUUUCAAUCUUGUAUAAAGAUCAUUUGUCAUUAUUACAGCUGCACGGGUUGAACAAUUAAAUACCCCCUUGAGUGCAGUACAGUUUCCCUGAGCUGCUACAUUGUAGCUGUUGAAUGCCUGGCUCAAUGGCAUAACAAAAGACGAGUGGAACGAGGCUACAGCCCUCAAUCUGUUCAGACUUCUCCCUGUCAGAAAUGUAGAUGUUUAAAAAUGCAUGGUUAGAUUAUGAUUAACUGUCUGUGAAGGAAACCUUUUUUGUGAAUAUAUUUUGUUAGUUACAGCAAUAAUACUUGACAACAUUCAGCGCUGUAUGCAUAAUAUGGUGCUUUAUAUAUAGCUACCCAUCUCCACAUGAAAACAUUGCUUUUGUCAUGGGUCUUGGGCUUUUUCAGUAGUGUGCAAGAGUUUGCAACACUUAACAAGAGGUGGUCAUGUAACAUAAAUAGCAGACCAGAGCUUUAUUGCCAACAUGUAUUUAUUUGAACAGGCCUUUCUUUCCUCCCCUGAGACACAUCAACCUAGAGAGUGAACAAAUAGAUAUGCUGUAAAUACAGAAAGAGCCCUCAUUCUGAGCCUACUCUUCCACCGCUUAGUGUAAAUUGUGUCUAAACCCUAGUUUCCUCUUGUUUGCCACUAACUUUUGUAUGAGUAAGAAAAUUAAAAUAAUUGGAUACAACUCA